UGGUGGAGGUCAUUGUGAGUCUAACAGUCUGUCACCAUAACCUCUGAGUGAAGUCAGAGACCGUUGAAGACAAGAAGAAGCCAUGGCUCUCCUACUGGAGCACCAGUUCAGGCCACUGCCAGCUGACAGACAAGUGGAAACCAGACCGUUUUUAGAAACGGUGUCAUACCUUCCCCCGUUCUUUGACUGCCUUGGUCCGACUAUCUUUGCACCCAUCAAAGCUGACAUAUUAGGGAAUAUUACAAAAAUCAAGGCAGUCUAUGACACCAAUCCAGGACGCUUCAGGACCCUUCAGCAAAUUUUGGAAGUGGAGAAGGAAAUGCAUGGAUCACAGUGGCCCAAAGUUGGAGCCACAUUGGCACUCAUGUGGCUGAAAAGGGGUCUGCGCUUCAUCCAAGUGUUCCUUCAAAGCCUGCUCGAUGGUGAAAAAGAUGAAAACAACCCAAACCUCAUUCGAGCCAAUGUGACGAAAGCAUAUGAACUGACGCUGAAGCGAUACCAUAGUUGGUGGGUUCAACAGCUUUUCAGGGCAGCUCUAUUUGCCGCUCCAUACAAGUCAGACUUCCUGAAGGCACUCUCCAAAGGCCGGGAUGUCAAGGAAGAAGAAUGUCUGGAGAAAGUAAAAAAAUUCCUCAUCAACUUCUCUGCCACCGUUGAUGUUAUUUAUGAGCUGUAUAACAAAAUGAACGCUGAUCUUGACUACAGAGUGUGACUGCAGGACAGGCCUUUCCCCUCCAGUGGCACUCUGCACGGUCUGAAGGAGGUUCUGUCACUACAAAUGUAUUGUCUGUGCACUUGUGUGUCUUUGGUCAUCUGCUGACCCUCACUUUUUUUGCAAACACCUGACAAUGAGGGUGGGCUCUCAAAGCAGCUAUACCAGUGGAGGGGGUAUAUGUAGGGGGUAAGGAACCUAUGGCUCGGGAGCCAGAUGUGGCUCUUUUGAUGACUGCAUCUAACUCUCAGACACUUAACACGAAAAAAAUAUAUUAUUUUUUAAUUUAGUUUUUGCUUACAUUUUAAAGUAAAACCCUCUGCGACCUUAGUGAGGAUAAGCGGCAUAGAAAAAGGAUGGAUGGAUGGAUUUUAAAGUAAAGCAUUACAGAAAUCGCAGUGUUAAAAAUAACGUUCAAAAUAUAAAACUUUCUUAUGCGUUUUAAUCCAUUCAUCCAUUUUGUAGACAGUGCGGGUGGCCAGAGCCAAUGCCAGCUGUCCUUCCGAUAUUUUCCGGGUCAGACACCAAAACUUGAUAAUUAUUGGAUAAUGUGGUAGCCUACCCGAGUCACUGAGAGGUCAAGUAGUAAACUUCCCUCCUUUAAUGAAAUAGUUAGCUAGCUAAUUCUGCAGAAUUGCAUGAAGAAGAUGUGAAAAAGAAAGAAAGACAGAGUACGGUGCAAAACCAUGCAGCACCAAAAGUCCCAUUCAUGAUAAAAAAUGUUUUAUUCAUUAUUGGUUUACUUCAGUAUAACAACGUUAUUAAAAAGAAUCCAUUUAGAGACUUAUUAUAUUCUAAAAUUGUUGGUCUUACGUACAAACGCCCACAUUUAGUUGUAUUCAUUGUUAAAAACACAUUAUACGGCUCUCACGGAUAUACAUUUUUAAUUAUGUAGCGUUCAUGGUUCUCUGAGCCAAAAAGGUUCCCGACCCCUGUCUUAACACAUGCUCUGUAUCAGGGGUGUCCAAACUUUUUCCAGCAAGUGCUGCAUGCAGAAAAAUUAAAGAAUACAGGGGGCCAUUUUGAUACAUUUUGUACAUUAAAGAUGCUAAAAUAGGUCAUGCUAAGCUAUCUGACCAAACCAUCCACAUCCUAGUUUAGCUUAGGUGGCAAACCAAAUUAGUCCAAUAUCUAAUAUCCGAUACCUCAUUAAUAAUGAAUUUAUUUUAUUUUUACAAUAUGACGUGGGCCAAUAAAAAACAAGUUGUUGGUUGAAAAUGGACCCUGGGCUGCACUUUGGACACCCCAUGGAUUCUCAUAUACUCAAAUGUACUGUAUGUCUUAUUACAUUAAAGUAUAUUCUUAAAACCUCAUACUCAAAUUCCCUGUGCAGAGCA